AUGCCGCCGCCCGUGCCGCCCGAAGUGCGGCCAUGGCAGCCACACAUGCAGCAGGAAGACCCGCGGAGGCUCCGCCCCGAGCUCGGCGCCUGCGUGUCUCGGCGGCCCCCGUGCUGCCGGGGGGAUGCCGGGCCCCCGGAGCACUUCACGGCCGACCUCGAGGCCUGCGAGGGCGCCUACGUGCCCUCCGUGGACUCGCUCGUGUCGCUGCCCUCCGCGCCGGGUUCCGACCUGGGCGCCCUGGCGCACUGCGAGGAGCUGCUCGCCGGGCUCCGCUCGUCGCUCCGGUCCGACCUUCGGGAGGAACUGCACCAGCUGAGGGCGGUGCACCUCCUACCCGCGAUGGCCUCCCUGCACGACGCCGUGCAGCAGUCGCUCGGGGAGGCGGAGGAGCGCCUGCACGCCGCGCUGGCGGGGCGCCCUUGCGGGCCGGCGCCGGGCCGGCUCGCGCCCGCGGCGGGGCCGGGCCCGCCGCAGGGCCCGCCGCAGGGCCCGCAGGGGGCCGCGGCGCCCGGGGGCGCGCGGGGCCCGCCGCGGGCAGACCAGAGGAUGUUCUGCUCCGAGCCCGCCGCGAGCGGCUCCGGCAGCCCGCGUCCGUCUUCUGCAGCUUCGGGGUCGCUGCCGCGUUUGCUG